UUUCAUGCUGUUGUAGUGCACUGCAGUACUCAGCUUUCUGCGUGUAUGAGUCGACAGAGUCAAAGUAUUAAGAAUGAAAGAAACGGCAACAAUAUCAAAACAUUAUUCUUUUUUUAGUAAGCUAACGCAUAAUAUGUAGAAUCAACACUGUUGUACAAGACGUUUCUGGAGGCAGACGGAGAAAACUCUGGAAAUCUCUCCAGAUAGACGACGGUAAAUGAGCGCAGAGAGGGGAACACAUUCCCCCGUCUCUCCUGUCGCGGGCACCGGAGAGGCGGGGGGCAACAUGCUGCCAGAAAGCAAAGACGACAUGAGACAGGAGUCAGCCAUGUGUCUGGGCAGCAACGAAGUGAAGAGUCGGGCUGUGGUGAAGUACUCUGCCGCCCCGCCGCCCGCGACCUAUGCCCUCUUGCAGGAGAAGACGGACCUGAAGCUGCCGCCUGCCAACUGGCUCCGUGAGAGCACCCAGCUGGGGCCUGCCGGCACCACCGUCCUGGGCUCCAGCAGCAAGAGCAAACCGUUCUCCAGCUUUGGGAUGGCAUACGACUUUAUUGACUGUAUCGGGAAUGAUGUGGAUGUCGUAUCUGAUUCUGAGAACAUUAAGAAGCUCUUAAAGAUCCCGUACAGUAAGUCUCAUGUCAGCAUGGCUGUGCACCGUGUGGGGCGGACUCUGCUCCUUGAUGAGCUGGAUAUCCAGGAGCUCUUCAUGAGAUCAUCUCAGACAGGUGACUGGACAUGGUUGAAAGAAUUUUAUCAAAGGCUUGUGGAUCAAAAGUGGCAGAGAAAAAAGAAGAGCAAAGAACAUUGGUAUCAGAAGGCAAUCCUUUCAAAAUUUCUGUAUUAUAGUGUUAAUGGUGAUGGGGCCGCAGAGCCCGUGCCGGCGGCUGCAGACGAGGCUGCGGAGGCAGGAUCCACUGAGGCGGGGGAGGAGGAGUUCAGCCAGUCCUGGCCAGCCACGUAUGGAAGCUCUGCCCCUGUCUCCGAGGAGUCGGCUGCCUCUGGACAGGAGAGUGUUCCUGUUGAGAGCAAGUUUGCUCUGGGACAUGUGGCCUCAUCCCCCAAGGAACAGAACCUGCCCACACUCUUCAAUGAGGGGGAGAACAGCCAGGGUCUCCGGAAUGAUUUUGUGCGCAACAUCCUAUGGACAUUUGAAGACAUUCAUAUGCUUGUGGGAUCAAACAUGCCCAUAUUUGGAGGAGGGCGGUAUCCUGCAGUCAGCCUCCGUCUCAGGGAUAACAAUAAACCAAUAAACAUCCUCACUGGCAUUGAUUACUGGCUGGACAAUCUAAUGUGCAACGUCCCCGAGCUGGUGAUGUGCUUUCAUGUGAAUGGCAUUGUUCAGAAAUAUGAGAUGAUAAAGACAGAAGAUAUCCCUGACCUGGAGAACUCCACUUUCUCCACCAGGGUAGUAAAGGACAUUGCCCAGAACAUCCUGUCUUUCCUCAAGUCCAAUUGUACCAAAGAGGGCCAUACGUAUUGGCUGUUCAAAGCCAGCGGCAGUGAUAUAGUGAAACUGUAUGAUCUGACCACCCUGUGUGAGGAAGCAACAGAAGAGAAAUGCCAGAACCCUUUCACCUUGCCAGUGGCAGUGCUGCUGUACAAAGUGGCCAGCAAUAUGAUGAUGAAGAAGAGCCAGAACAGGAAGCACUAUGGCACCAUAAGAACCCUGCUUCUGAACUGCAUUAAGCUGCUGGACCAAGACAAACACCCUCAGAUCAUUGCCUCUGCGAACUACAUGCUUUCAGAGCUGUUCCAGUUGGAUGAGGCCCAACCAGAGGCAGGGGAGGAGCACAACACUGGUUUGGAGGAUAGCUACAGUGAGGAAGAAGAAGAGGAGGAGGAGGAAGAGCUGUCUGAAGACAGCUUUGACAAUGGCACCUAUAGCUCCAGCUCCAGCACACCUGAUGACAGGAAGGCUGUGGCCGUGAUCAAGUCAGUGGGGGAACUGUCUGUCCCUGAGAAAUACAAGUCAACGCAUCAGAUCAGGCCCAGCUUCUCUUUUCCUGUUUCCCAUGACAAAGAGGAGCGAUGUCGGCAUGUUCUGAGCUACGUCCUAAAAGGCCUGAAAGCAGUGGAUGGCAGCAUUAAGAAGGAGAGUGACCUCCCAGCGGCAGACCCCAACACCCCAAUCCCUUUGAAAUAUGAGGAGGGCACGAAGAACGCCGGCCACACUGCCGUCGAGGAGGAGAUGGCCCUGUUGCUGGACAAAAUGGGCCCUUCUCAGGAGGACCUCAAGCACCCGACCCGUUCUGGGAUGAUUCCUGGCUCCUGGCAGCACAGAAUGAAGCUGCAGCUCUUCCUCAAGGCUUCCAAGGCUUAUUACAUCCUGUCAGAGGCAGCUACUAACCUCCUGAAAUAUGGCAGAGCCUUGAGAUAUAUAAAACUGGCUUUGCAGUGCUAUGAUGCCUACUGUUCAGUGAGCACCAGCCUGCACCCAGAGGUGUUGCUGUUCCACGGCCAGUGCCUUUCUCUCUGUGGGGAUAUCCAGCUGAUGCUGGCCCAGAACGCCAGUAACAGAGCAGCAUACUUGGAGGAGUAUAGCUACCAGACCAAAGAGGACCAGGAGAUCCUGCACAGCCUGCACAGGGAAUGUAGCUGCCAGGCUUUCAAUCUGGCCACAGACUUGGCCACAGACCCUGAGUAUCAGCUCAGUGUCAGCUAUAAGUGCUACGAGGCUGCAUAUGACCUCAUUAAUGCUGGAGAAUUGAAGGAACGAAACCUUGAGCAGCUGAACCAGGUGCUGAAAAGGCUGGGCAAUAUCCGUAACGAGAUGGGUGUUUUCUACAUGAACCAGGCAGCCGCAGUUCAGACAGAGCGGGCAGUGAACAGGGCAGUGUCAGCUGUAGAGCAGGAGCUGUGGAAGAAGAGUUUCUCUUGCUUUGAGAAGGGCAUGAAGGACUUUGAGGCGAUAGGGGACACCACCAACACAGCCCUCCUCCUCUGCAACACGGGCCGGCUGAUGCGCAUCUGUGCCCAGGCUCAUUGCACUGUAACCCCAGACCUCAGCAGGGGAGAGUUCUCACCAGAGGAAGCGCUCUACUACAACAAGGCUAUUGAUUACUACCUGAGAGCCAUGAAGUCUCUGGGCAAGAGAGAGAACCACCCAGCAGUGUGGGACUCUGUCAACUGGGAGCUCUCCACUACCUAUUUCACUCUGGCUACCCUCCAGCAGGACUACGCGCCUCUGUCCAGGAAAGCACAAGAACAGAUUGAACGCGAAGUGACUGAGGCCAUGAUGAAGUCUCUGAAGUACUGUGACCUCCAGACGGAGUCGCUUCGCCAGCCGCUGUAUCAGUACCGCGCCGCCACCAUUCACCACAGACUGGCCUCCAUGUAUCACAGCUGCUUCAGGAACCAGGUCGGGGACGAGCACCAGCGGAAGCAGCACCGUUGCCUGGCCGAGCUGCACUACAGUAAGGCCGUGCGGCUCUUCACUGUCCUCAAGGACGCGCCUUGUGAGCUGCUCCGCACACAGCUGGAGAGGGUCGCCUUCACGGAGUUCCAGAUGGCAGGACAAAGCAGUAAUGCUGCGAAGCUGAAGACCCUCUUCACGGCCCUGGAGAUCAUGACUGAGACCAGACAUGCCUUUCACCUCAUUCGUAAGGAGCUGCUGGAGGAGCACAGACAGGCAGAAUGCCCAGAAGGUGUUGAGGGGGGAGAUUCUUCAGACAUCCCCACUUCCUCUGCCCUCAACACACAGGAAGUGCAGAAACUCAUUGGUGUCUUUGAGCCCAGCUUCUCAUUCCUGCUCCUGCACCUGGUCAAGCUGAUGACUGCCACUAAACGCAAAACCAGUGGCUCACACGAGGAGGAGCUGGUGAAGACCUACAAGCAAGUGUACUCCUCCCUGCUGCGUGCUGACAAGAGUGCUCCGCUGCUGUGUAGAGUGGAGCUCAUCCUGGAGCUGCUGACCCAGCUGCUACCCAAGACAGAGGCCAGUGAGAAUGGGGUGUCAUGACAGUACGGCCAGCCCUCAGGCUCUCUUCACAUCACUGGGUUAAGGUCUGAAAACCCGACAUGGACUCCACAUUUAAUAAGCAAGUGCCUUGACCGAACUGUUGGGAUGGUCACCUAGUUUGGGCUCUUUAUUUAUUUUUUAUUUCAGUAUUUCUGCACAUUUGAGUAAAUUGCAAUUUGUUCCGUGUUUUUUAAAAGGAAAAUGAAGUGUCACUGGGAGCUUUAUUUCCCCCUUAUUUUUUAAACAUAUAGGUUUUCCUGUAUGCUUACUAGCAGGGUCAAAUUGGCACGUUUUUUCUGUCACAGAAUAAAAUACAAUUUUCACUUGGAAGCCUAUAGAGUUAGCAGUUUGUAGAACACAAUAUUUGAAGACUCAUUGCAGUAUUCUGUAUAGGGUAUGUUUUGUAAAGCUAACGUGCAAAAACGGCAUCUAUAAAUCAAAAUUCUACAAAAUAUGUAUAUAAAUGUCAAUAUCUGGACAGAACUAAAUAUGAAGAAUCUUUGAAAGAUUAUUGAGAUUUAGGACAUUAUUCGCUUUAAGUAAAAUAAAGGUCUGAAUUUGUUUUUA